AUGUCCCUUAAGCUAGCACGAAGUACAUUCACCACAGGAUUGAAAUGCUUCUGUCUUCUGCAUGAGAUUCAUAGAAAUGUUUAUGAAUUCACUGAGACUGCGGGUGAAUCAAUGAUUCCAACCCUGUCGCCUCAAAAUGAUUACGUUCAUGUAUAUAAGAAUCUGCCUCAUAUUUUGAAGAAUUUAAAGAUUGGUGAUUGUGUGGUAUUGAUGAAACCAAAUGAUAGCGAUUCAAGAGUUUGUAAGAGGAUUACUGGAAUGCCCGAUGAUAUAAUUCUGGUUGAUCCUUCAAAUGAAAAUAAUCCGAAUGCAACGAAUGAAUACAUAAGAGUCCCCAAAGGUCAUGUUUGGGUUACGGGAGACAAUUUAUCGAUGUCAUUAGAUUCAAGAAGUUACAAUGUGGUUUCUAUGGGAUUAAUUGUAGGGAAAGUUAUUGCUGCAAAUAAUCUUAAUGAUAAGAAACGAUGGCUCGGUUUUAGAUUUAUCGAAAAUAACUAUUUAAAGGAGGAAAAUUGA